AUGUUCCCGUCCCUCCCAUCCCUCGCACAGGCCCUCACGGGGCCCUUCAAGCGCGCCCAGCUCGGCCUCUUCCACGGCAAGACAAAGCAGUACGGCAACAACGUCCCCUUCUCCAAGAAAAAGACCCGCCGCACCUGGCUCCCCAACGUCCACCCCAAGCGCCUCUUCUCCGCCGCGCUCGGCGAGAACGUGCGCGUGAAGCUCACUGCACGCGCGCUCAAGACUGUCAACAAGUAUGGAGGCAUCGACGAGUACGUCCUCAAUACGCGCCCGGACCUCCUCGGCUGGGAGGGCAUGCGCAUCCGCGUCCUCGUCCGCGAAGCCCGCGAG